AUGUGUAAAGCUGCCUCUGUGCCAUCAACAUCAAGUGGAUCAACUCGGUGUCGUGAACAAUGUACCAAGAUAUACAUGCCAGUCUGUGCCAGUAACGGCAGGACCUAUAACAACAAGUGUAUCCUGGAGGCUGAAAGCUGCAAGGACCGCACAGCAGGAGGAACAGGAUUCUGCCCCAAAAAAUUUCAUGUUUGUGUCCACGCAGCGGUGUCGUCGAGUUUGCCCACCAUCAUCUCAGGCACAAAACCUUCCCUGCCCACCUUGGGUCAACCAGCCAUCAUCGUUUCCGCAGUUUCCUGCCUCGACACCUGUACGCCAGGUUUCCGGCCAGUGUGUGGCUCAGAUGGAGUCGUUUAUGGUUCAGAUUGCAGGUUGAACCUGGCCAGGUGCAGGACCAACAACCCUACCUUGGUCAAGAGAAGUGAUGGAGUCUGUACCAAAGACUGCAGCAUCGCGUGUUACAAAGACAGAGAACCAGUGUGUGGAACUAACAAUGUCACAUACCAGAACGACUGCUUCUUGGCUGUGGCACGUUGUAAAGACAGCUCUGUAGGGAGACUUGCCAGCGGCGUCUGCAAUACGUCAACAUCCAGGGUGUGUGAUAAGCUCUGCGACGACACCUACGCCCCAGUAUGUGGCAGCGACGGGGCCACCUACCAGAACCACUGCAAACUGCAAGCUGCCACCUGCUACUAUACUGGUCUUAUCAAGCACUAUGACGGCCGCUGCAAAGUCUGAUAGUCAGAAUUAAUCUUCCCAGUGAAAAAAAAUAUAUCAUCUCGGUACAGCAUCCGACCAACAUUCUACACAGCAUCCUGACUUGGUCUCAAAAUCCAGCACAUUAGGCAAUAUCUACCACAGGAAAUUCCCCAAAAUCAACUACAUCAACUCAUGAUGUAUACCGAGAGGUGUAUUUCCAUCACCGUAUAUAUGCUGAAGGAUUUUUUUUUAUUGUAGGAAUAAAGGAUUCUUGUCUGGUGGUGAAAAGGUGACAUAGUAUUAGUGCCCCUUAUUUAGGCGAUAGGUUUCAAAAAACCCAUUAACCAACCAUUUACAUCAUACACAUUUUCAGGGUGUAUUUCUCUCGAUGUAUGUGAAAACGGCAGUAUAUAUACACACCGUGGGCUAGACAUCUAAGUAUAUAUUCACAGCUUAAUUCCCAUUUUAGGGAUCAAUAGUUUUAGUGGAGGGACGCGGCCAUAAUGACCCUCAUCCCAAAACCAGUCAAGAAUGCUUCAGUCCCUAAAAUAAGGAUUAAUGAUUUCAGUGUGUGUACUUUGAGAGUCAUACACCUCUCGGUGUACAUAUCUUAUGUGGAAUUCAAAAUUAAGAGUUAAAUGUAGAAUCCAGAAUUCACGAAAUCGUAACGACACGAUUGUAAACAAACCAUACCACUGGUGGGGUUAGAACCCGCGAUCAGAGUCAUAAAACUCCAGACCGACACGUUAGCCACUGGGGCAGUUGGUUACAAUAUUGUGGCCAGCUGGUCCAGUGGCUAACGCGUCGGUUUGGAGUUUUAUGACUGAUCGCGGGUUCUAACCCCACCCGUGGUAUGGGUUGGUUAGAAUCCAGAAGUGCAAAAUAAUGAAAGAAUGGAAACACUAAGCGGGGAGAUCAAAUUUUUACUUGCAUAUGAGACUUAAUUAAAGCUUCUAGCACAUUUGUUUUGUUGUUAAAAAAAAAGUUUAAAAAUAAACAA